UUUUAAUCAUUUGUACGAAACUAUAUCUUUGUACCUACCACACACAUACUCAAAAAUUACAAUGGCCCACUUCAAUACUGGCUGGUCCUUGGAAAAGUUGAAAGACUCGACUCUUAUCAUCCCUGCUAUAUCCCUUGGGAAUAUUCCUCAACUAACAGUUGACUUGUUGCUCCACACUAGGGAUUUUGUAAGUGUUGGAGUCUUGGAUGAUAUUUAUCUUCAUCCAUUCUCAUCACCUGUCGAUGUGCUGCCUACCAAAUCUGCAAAUGGAAUUUCUAAUGCUGCUGAAAUUUAUUAUAGUACUAAGAACAAUAUCACGGUUAUACAACAAAGAUCUCCAAUCAUAGGGAGUUUCACCAAACAAUUUGUUUCAGAAGUGAUCUUGAAGUUGAUCUCUGACGUAUCAUUCAAUAAGGUGAUUAUACUCGACUCUGCAGAUGCAGGUCUUCUUGAGCAGCUGGAUGCUAAGACGAUUGAACUUUAUACCAAUGAGGAUUUGUUGAACAAGUCUUUAGAAACUCUCAAGAUUUCUCAAAAAACCCAACUCCCACUCACAUCUCCGUACCAAUAUUCAAAGUAUGUUUUGGAACUAAUUAACGCAUUAAAUUCAAGUGCCUCCACGGUAGAUAUUCAAGCAUUAGUCUCACACGUAUACGAAGGUGAUAACUUCAAUGAUGCUGAAUUGUUAGCGAAUGAACUUUCUCAAACUUUAGACGUAUCCUCUACAAUGAAUUGGAUACGACCAGUAAGUUGGUUAGGAGUAUAUGGUGAUAAACCAGUCCCCAAUUCCAUGGAGGAUGGUCUCUUUGGUUAGAAAAAUUACAAUUUUAAAAUUUGGAGUGUCAUUGAAAACGUUAAAUUCUUUUAUAUAUAAAUAAAUAUAUAUAUGAUUACACACACAAUUGAAUAUUAUGUAGCAUCAU